GUGUUUCCCAUCCCAGUACUGACCUAACUUGGAUCUACUAAGAAUUUAGGGAGCUCUAAGGGAAAAAAGAGGUUAUUUGCAUUAAUGAAAUUAGCUACAAAGGCUCCUGGCCCUUUUUCUUUCUGAAAUUGUGUCUUCAAAUUCUUAGAUGUUGCUAAUAAUCAAAAUAGUGGGCACUUAAGAUUAUUCUCUGGUUACAGAUAUUUUAAAUAAGUCUUUUCUGUAAGAGUUCAAAAAAAAUUUUUAGCUGCUAAACUAGCAUUUAUCUCAGGGCCAAAUAUUGCUGAUCCCUAAGAAACCAUUUACUGCCUGAUAAUUUCCUGAGUUAAAAUAGUUAUAAUAGUUUAUAUGCAAAAAAACCCCUUAGUUUUGCUUUUUAAAAACCUCAGGAACAAUAGCUACCACGUAGCGAGUCCUUACUGCCUUCCAGGCACUAUUCUAUGCACUUCGUAUACUUUUAAUUCUUCCACCAAUGCUUUGAGUUUACUGGAUAUGCUGCAGAAGGAUCCGUGCCAGAAACAAGCCUGUGAAAUACAGAAAUGUUUACAAGCCAACAACUACAUGGAAUCUAAGUGUCAGGCUGUCAUCCAAGAACUUCGUAAGUGUUGUGCUCGCUAUCCCAAGGGAAGAUCUCUCGUCUGUUCAGGAUUUGAAAAAGAAGAGGAAGAAAAGCUGACACUGAAGUCCACAUCAAAGUAAAGUUCUGCGGAGAAGUUCAAUGCUGCACCACCUUUCCACCAAGCGAGUUCUAUUUAUCCUCCUGACUCUUCAGGCCAGGUAGCAGCAAAUAGCAAAUGAAAAAGUCAACUAUAAAAGUUAAUAAAUAUGCCAUCUAUGCAGAACAGAUAGAAAUAUAUUAAACAAAUAUGUAGAAUGUAAUAAAACUGAGCUGCUAAAAUAAACCUGUUAUGUGGAAAAAA